AUGCCAAAGCUGAGUCCUGAAAGCGCCUUCCGGGCGCUGAGGUAUCUUGUGAGGGCUUUGAAGACGGAGGGGUGGCCCUGGAUGAAUGACACUGAGGACUUCCCAUUCCUAGAUUCUGCACUGCAGAAGCAGGCAAUGGAUACGAAGAAAAGGAAGAAUUUGAAGAAAAAAGUGGAGUGGAAGAAGGAGAAGCAGCAGAAGCUCAUGGAAAAGUCAGAAGACCCAGAGCAGUCAGGUGCCGAGCACCCAGCCUCACUGCGGCAGUGCCUGGGGCCUGACUGUGUGCACCCCACCCGGCCAGGCUCCAAGUACUGCUCGGACGACUGUGGCAUGAAGCUGGCAGCUGACCGCAUCUAUGCGAUCCUGCCCAAGCGCAUCCAGCAGUGGCAGAAGAGCCCUUGCAUUGCUGAGGAGCAUGGCAAGCAAAUGCUCGAGCGCAUCCACCGUGAGCAGCAGGACACCCACACCCGCCUGAAGGACUUAGAGUGCCAUUUCCAUGAACUUGAGGCCAUCAUUCAGCGUGGCAAGCAGCAGGCUGUGUGCAAAGAUGAAGAGAGUGACAAGCAUGGCAGGAACAGCGUCAACCUGCAGAUCUUCUGUGUCUCCUGCGGGCAACCCAUCAAUACGCAGGUUGCCCUGCGCCACAUGGAGCGCUGCUUCGCCAAGUAUGAGCGCAAAUCGCCCUUCACGUCCAUGUACCCCACUCGCAUUGAGGGAGCCACAAGGCUCUUCUGUGAUGUUUACGACCCACGGAGUAAGAGGUACUGUAAGCGACUCCAGGUGUUAUGCCCUGAGCACUCGAAGGACCCCAAGGUACCGGAUGAAGAAGUGUGCGGUUGCCCACUAGUGAAAAACGUCUUUGAGCCCACCGGUAAUUUCUGUUGCCUCCCCAAACGCUUGUGCAAUCACCACUACUGCUGGGAGAAGCUGAGACGUGCCGAGGUGGACCUAGAGCGCGUGUGCAUGUUGCUCAAGCUGGAAGAGCUGGUUGAGCAGGAGCACAAGGUGCGCACAGCCAUGAAGAAUCGGGCAGGGCUGCUGGCCCUGAUGCUUCAUCAGACAACCCAGCAUGACCCGCUCACCACUGACCUACGCUCCAGAGUAGACAGCUGA